AUGGCGCCAGUGCAUAACUUUUUUGCCCAAUUAAAGCAUCAGAGCUCGCUUGUUAGAGCUCAGACUGAAGUCAAAGCAGGAGAAUUGGCCGUACUGGGUAUAGCGUACCCGUCAGAUGCAGUAUACAAAGGCACAGAUGUGGUACUUUACUGUUGUGUGAAUAUGGAUCCUCAAGGACUGAUCGAUGUGGCAGGGGUUGGUUUUGCCUUGAGAUCAUUUUUUGAUAUCUUGGUACACUGAAA